AUGAAGGAAGCAAUAAAAAGUAAACCAAAAGUAAUCAGUGAUUGGAAAAAACUGCAUUUCAAAAUGCCACUUAUAAUGUCAUCACUAAAUGGAGCCAUGCCAAAAGUACCAAAAAUGAUGAAACAUGUACGUCUUGGGAAAAAGGAAAAAAUUAGGACUCUGACCAUUAAGGAAAAGCAGCGGUAUAUUGAUGCCAGAGUAUCAACUAUACUAUCUAUGCUAGUGUUUUCCAACAACCAUCGUGUUUCAGCGAUGCAGAAGGCCUUAGGGGCACAACUUUGGCGACAUGGAUGUGAUUCGCAAAUGAUAUCCAAGCUCAAUGAGCUGGGCCUGACUGUAUCACCAAAGACUGUUUUGAAACAAGUGGAUGAAAUAGCUAAACAUCAGACCUCUAAGACCACAUGAAAAGGGCCCAUGGUGCAUAUACUAGUAAAAACAUUUUGAGAUUCUCCACCCUUGCUGGGAC